ACACGUGGUCUGACGAAAACGAGACAUUUCAAAAGCAACAACUUCUUGAAACUAUAAUUAGGCUUACACAUUAGAGACAUAGGCCUCGUCUACAUUAGGUCACCAAAAUGCAUGCAUAGAACAGUCCUUCGUUUGGGGUUUCUCCUCUUUUUCUUGGGCCAUCGUUUUAGAGGCCCAGAACCAAAACAUUUCGAUGAUGACCUUUGCCAUGUUGCGGCCAAUGGCGACUCAUAUGAUCAGCUACCCAGACCUGGGUAUGAUGUCCGAGGCCGAGGAUAACCGCAGUGAGAGCGACGGUAGCUCGGAUCAGAGCUAUGGAUGCUGCGUCUCCGCUGACAAACGUCGGAGGAUUUCCAGAAAACCGGGAGGCAGCGGUGUUGUAAUAGUGAAACAGCGGAACGCAGCCAAUGCCAGGGAGCGCGACCGUACACAAAGCGUCAACUCGGCAUUUACUGCACUCCGGACUCUUAUACCCACUGAGCCGGUGGACAGAAAGCUCUCCAAGAUUGAGACGCUUCAUUUGGCAUCCAGCUAUAUCUCCCACCUCGCCAACACCCUGCUGCUCGGAGACGGGAAUGGAGACGGACAACCUUGUCUUGGCGCGGUUUACGUGCAAGGAGAAAGCGGUCGAAAGCAGCCUCGCACCAUCUGUACCUUCUGUUUGAGCAACCAAAGAAAGCGGAUUAAUGAUGGCAAAGAGAUGCGGGGUAUUGGUUCACUGAGGAUGAGCCGCAGAUAGAAGACCAGACAAUAAACCACAGCAACCAGAACCACAACUACCCAUUCACAACUCAGGGAACACUGAAAGCCAGUCAUAACAGAACCAUAUUCAUCAUCCUGGAGAAUAUGUUACCAGAGACUAUUUAUACUUGAGGGAAAGGCAAUGGAAGAAAACAAGGCCUAAUAUGUGAAGCCUUUAAAAAAUGCAGUGCAUUUAUUGAUAGAGAAUUUAUAGAUUUUUAUAUCUGUGUGAUAUUUGUGUUGUUACAUGUAUUACAUUUUGAAAUAAAAUAUAUUUUUUAUCUAAAUUAAAUUUCCCUUUCUAAGCAUUAGUUUCUUUCCUUUUAACUUCAUGUAUGUCGAUUUCUUCUCUAUUGUUACAGUUUUGUCUAUUUUCAAUCAAAAGUGAAUUAAAAGACACUCAAUCAUAUGGCAUACCAAA